CAACGACUAAUGUCAAUAUUUUUGUUGUGAAAACAUGCUCAUGAAUUUUUGCUUGUGAGAAAGAGUGUUUAGAUGGAUUUUCAACGCCUGAUUCAUUUUUGAUUCGACUUUUAACAAUGGCUACCUGUAUCGAAGAACCAGCUUUAAACGGGGGCACACAAAAUGCCAACUUCAAAGGUGAUCCCUUUGCAAGUCGAAUGGACCAUAAAAAGGUAGCCAGAAUCAACCACGACAUCAACAAUUUAAAUCUGCAAGAGGUAAAGCUGCGACUCCAACAUCGAGGGAGUGAUGCCCAAGGGUCUGUGGAGGUUUUGCGAAAGAGGCUGAAAAAUCUGAUGGUGCCAAUCAACAAACUAGACAAUCGAAGCCAGAUGCAGUACUACGUCGUCAUCGACUUCGAAGCCACUUGUGAGGAAGAGAAAAACAACAACUACCCGCACGAGAUAAUCGAAUUUCCAGCUUUGUUAAUUGACACAAAGAAGAGAGAAAUUGUGGAUCAGUUCCACAUGUACUGCAAGCCUGAAGUAAAUCCUACGCUUUCGGAAUUUUGUACAAAACUAACGGGUAUUAGUCAGGAGCAUGUCGACUCGGCCGAACCGUUUGGUGUGGUGGUAUCCAAAUUUCACGAUUGGCUUUUAAGUCACAAACUAGUCGGAAACAAAAGAAAGACCAAUUUCGCUUUUGUGACAGAUGGACCAAGUGACUUUUCGAAAUUCUUCAUAGGAAAUUGCAAGUUGGCAAAUGUUCAUUUACCGCCUUAUUGCCGCAAGUACAUAAACAUUCAGAGGGCCUUUAUGGCCCACUACAGGUGCAAGAAGCCCUCUCUGAAUGGAAUGCUGGAGCACCUGGCGUUGAAGUUUGAGGGUCGUCCGCACGCUGGAAUCGACGAUGCUAAAAACAUAGCCAGAAUCCUGUUGGUGCUAAUCAGUGAGCAGGCUGUUCUCUUACCAAAUGAACGAUACAGUGCUUCUGGAAACGUUUAUCACAUUUGAGUCUGACAAUGAGUUUUACUUGUGUUAUUAUAAUGUUUCUGUGAGAAAUCUAAUCUUGUGACGUAUGAUUAACAUAUUACUAAGUAAGUGCGGAGCAAUAAAGAAUGCUACAAGCGACGUGAUGAUCAACAUCAUCCAUUCUCUUUUGCAUUUAUAAAUA